AUGGUGAAGCGAGAGGAGACAAGAGGUGGAGAUAAGGAUGGCAGAAAUAUAGAGAGGCAGCCUCAGGGGGCCGGCAAUCUUCCAGCCUACCAACAGCAGCAAAUUAAACAGUUUUUCCACGAGUCUCGUUCCAGCUACAGCAACAAGAUGCGUCAUCAGAAGGAGAGUUUUAUGAACUUUGAACUGGAAAAUCCCGCUCUAGAGAUGACUGUGGCACCACUUCAGGAGGUCGUUUUCUCCACCCCCACCCUUUCUAUAUUAUUCUUUUUGGGUAUCAUUCGUUGUCAAGCCGCCAAAGUGGAGAGUGUGAUUGCAGAGGGGGGUGCUUCUCGUUUCAGUGCUUCUUCGGGCGGAGGAGGAGGUAGGGGUGCACCUCAGCACUAUCCCAAGACUGUCGGCAACAGCGAGUUCCUGGGGAAAACCCCAGGGCCUAGCGUUCAGAGAUGGGUUCCUUCACGAAGCACUAGACGAGAGGUCAGCUCCUCCAAUGAAAAAGAACGACACGAUGCAAUCUUCAGGAAAGUGAGAGGCAUACUUAAUAAACUGACCCCUGAGAAGUUUGACAAGCUAUGCCUUGAGCUUCUGAAUGUGGGCGUGGAUUCAAAGCUCGUCCUCAAAGGAAUCAUCUUGCUGAUUGUAGACAAAGCCCUCGAAGAGCCCAAGUAUAGCUCGCUAUAUGCUCAGCUAUGUCUGCGUUUGGCAGAGGAUGCACCAAACUUUGACAACCAAUCACCUGAGAUCCAGUCAUCACAAAAGCAGAGCACUACAUUCAGGAGACUUCUGAUAUCAAAGCUUCAAGAUGAAUUUGAAAACCGCACCAGAAAUGUUGAAAUCUACGACAAAAACGAUGGCCCUCUUACCUCUGAAGAAGAGGAGCAGCGUGCCAUUGCCAAGAUCAAAAUGCUGGGCAACAUCAAAUUCAUUGGAGAGCUUGGCAAACUUGAUCUCAUUCAUGAGUCUAUCCUUCAUAAGUGCAUCAAAACACUUCUGGAAAAGAAGAAAAGAAUCCAACUUAAAGAUAUGGGGGAGGAUUUGGAGUGCCUCUGUCAGAUAAUGAGAACUGUGGGGCCUAGACUUGAUCACGAGAAAGCCAAGUCUUUAAUGGAUCAGUACUUUGGCCGCAUGCGAUCCUUAAUGAACAACAAGGACUUGCCUGCAAGGAUUCGUUUCCUGCUGCAGGAUACUGUAGAGCUGCGAGAGAACAACUGGGUGCCUAGGAAAGCUUUUAUUGAUAAUGGACCUAAGACUAUCAACCAGAUCCGCCAGGACGCAGUAAAGGAUUUGGGUGUGUUUAUUCCAGCGAUGACCUCAGGAAUGAGGACUGACUUCUUUCAAGAUAACCCCUUCAUGCCAACAAGGAUGAGCAGAGAGACCCUUGGAGGGUUAGCUGAUAUGUUCGGACAAAUGCCGGGUAGCGGGAUUGGAACUGGACCUGGGGUUAUACAAGACAGGUAUUCCCCCACCAUGGGCCGUCACCGUGUAAACCCGCUCUUCAACGGCCAUGGCGGCCACAUAGCUCCUGCUUCCCAGUCUCAGUUCGACAAGCCUUUCAUGAAACCCAACCAGGGGCAGAAUCUGCUUUUCCAGAACCAAGCUCAACAGCAAGCUCAGUCCAAGGAUAUGCCACCACGAUUCACCAAGAAAGGACAGUUGAAUGCUGAUGAGAUUAGCCUGAGACCUGCUCAGUCAUUUCUUCUGAACAAAACCCAAGUGCCAAAGCUGCAGCCGCAGAUACCCACCAUGAUUCCUCCCAGUGCUCAACCCCCACGCACAUCCACUCCUCCGCUUGGACAGCCACCACAGCUUGGCCUGAAAACCAAUCCUCCUCCCAUUCAGGAGAAGCCUCAGAAGACAAACAAAAAACCACCUCCUGCCAAAGAGGAGCUGCUUAAGAUGACUGAGACAGUUAUGAACGACUAUCUGAAUAGCAAGAACAUCAGUGAUGCUGUGAAUGGAGUGAGGGAGAUGAAGGCUCCCAAACACUUCCUGCCAGAGAUGUUGAGCAAGAUCAUUGUCUGCUCGCUGGACUGUCCAGAUGACGAUAAAGAGCACGUCAGCAGUCUGAUCCAUGCACUCCGUAGUGAGGGGCUGAUUACAGGGGAGAACUUCAUGCAGGCAUUCCUUAACGUUUUGGACCAGUGUCCUAAGCUUGAGGGUGACAUUCCCCUGGUGAAGUCCUAUCUGGCACAGUUUGCUGCCCGUGCAAUCAUUGCUGAGCUCAUGAGCAUUGCGGACUUGGCCCACCCUCUGGAGAACGGCACCCACUUUCCUCUUUUCUUGCUCUGUCUUCAGCAAACAGCUAAGCUGAGGGAUAAGGAGUGGCUGACCGAUCUGUUUCAGCAGAGCAAGGUCAACAUGCAGAAGAUGCUGCCAGAAAUAGACCAAAACAAAGACCGCAUGUUGGAAAUUUUGGAGGGGAAGGGCCUGAGCUUCUUGUUCCCCCUCAUGAAAUUGGAGAAGGAGCUUCUGAAGCAGAUCAAAGCUGAUCCAGCUCCCCAGUCCAUCUACAAGUGGAUCAAGGACAACAUUUCUCCCAAGCUUCACACCGACAAAGGUUUUGUCAACAUUCUGAUGACGAGCUUUUUGCAGUACAUAUUCCACGAGAUGUAUUCCAACGACGGAGACGACCAGUUAUCAGCACCUUCUAAAGAACAGCUUGACCAGGAGAAGCAGCUGCUACUUGCCUUCAAACCGGUGAUGCAAAAAUUCCUGCAUGAUCACGUGGACCUGCAAGUCAGUGCUCUGUAUGCGCUGCAAGUGCACUGCAAUACCAAGGCUUUUCCCAAAGGAAUGUUACUGCGCUACUUUGUCAACUUUUAUGAUAUGGAGAUAAUUGAAGAAGAAGCCUUCCUUGCAUGGAAAGAAGAUAUUACCCAAGAGUUUCCUGGCAAAGGAAAAGCAUUGUUCCAGGUGAACCAGUGGCUUACCUGGUUGGAAACAGCUGAAGAAGAGGAGUCUGAGGAGGAGGCUGACUAAGAAACCAGCCAAAGCCUUACGGUGCAAAGAUGUAAUUGUGUUUUUUUUUUUUUUGUUUUUUUUUCUCUUAACCUACUGUGUGUUCACCCUCUUCCCUCCACACCUUCUCCUUUUUGUUGUACAACAAUGCUUCAAUGACCUGCAUUCUCGAUUACUGAACUUCAGUCUGCAGUACUGUUGUUGGUUGUUUUGUUUUUUGUUUUUUUUGGUGCCUUUUUUGGUGCGCCCCCCCCGCUUUCAUCAUAAGGCAUGUAAUGGUUUACUGAUUAUGAACCACCUACGAAAUGGUAUUAGCAGCUUGAAACUACUUAUUUUUGG